AGUCUGUAUCUCGAUAACAAUGCCACAACUCCUCUGGAACCAGAUGUCAUAAAUGCCAUUACAUCUGCCUUGUCCAAAGCCUGGGGGAACCCUAGUAGCUCCCAUUCUGAAGGAAGGGACAGAAUGCAAUGGACCAGACCUGGAUUUGAACCCAGGCGUCCUGAAUCUCUAGUCAGGUGCUCUACCAACUGAGCUAUCUGGCCACUGGCGAUCAAACCCGGCUGACCACUACAUUCCUCCCUCCUUAAAUGUCUUCACAUUUGAAGACAUCAAUGCAGGAUCUUUAUCCCCUGGCAGGUAUUAUCACCUGUCAGUUCCAGGGACUGGUCACAGCUCCAAAUGUUACAGGAAGGGAAAAAAUGCAACAGACCAGACCGGGAUUCGAACCUGGGCCCCCUGAAUUCUCUAGUCAGGUGCUCUACCAACUGAGCUAUCUGGCCACUGGCGAUCAAACCCGACUGACCACUACACUCUUCCCUCCUUAGAUGUCUUCGCACUUGAAGACAUCAACCCAGGCUCUUAAUCCCCUGGCAGGCAUUUUCACCUGGCAGUUCCAGGGGCUGGUGUAACAGGAAGGGAGAAAAUGCAAUGGGCCAGACCAGGAUUCGAACCCGGGCCCCAUGAAUCUCAAGUCAGGUGCUCUACCAACUGAGCUAUCUGGACACCAGUGAUCGAACCCGGCUGACCGCUUUACUUGAUUAUGAAAUCAUGAUUAAAGAGUAUUACUUUACUAAAUCUAGGAUGUGACAAUUAAAUUGUUCCAUUUUACAAUUAGCUGUUUAUUUCGAAUUAAGACAACAUUCCUUUCAUUAAGAGUAACAUAUGUUUUACACAUUUGAGAAAAAAAUAUUGCAUUUGUAAAUUUUGAAAAAGGGAAUUCUCUGAGCAGCAUUUACUUCAUAAACUAAAGUGCACAUCAUGAAGUAUGCCUGACAUUUAUAGGUGUAGAAGCUAAGACUGUGAUUCAGGAAUCUCGCCAGAAUGUUGCUGAAAUGUUGGGAGCUAAAUCUUCAGAUGUUAUAUUUACAUCGGGAGGGACAGAGGGAAACAACAUGAUUCUCCAUACAGGUGUGAAAUAUUUCCACUCAGAAAGAGGGUUGAGUCAUGGUGGACUGACAGACAAAGAGCACCUGCCACAUUUCAUUACUUCUAAUUUGGAGCAUGAUGCCGUCAAACUUGUACUGGAGCACUUUGCUGAGGAAGGAAUUGCAGGUGUAACAUUUGUACCUGCUUCUCCAAAGACUGGUCAUGUGAUGGUUGAUGAUGUCAUUGCUGCCAUUCGACCUUCGACCUGUAUGAUUUCUGUUAUGCUUGCCAAUAAUGAGACUGGCAUAAUACAGCCAGUAAAAGAGAUAUUUGAAAGAGUCCGACAGAUCAACGCCUCCAGAAAACCCAUGCCCAAGAUCCUCCUUCACACUGAUGCAGCUCAGGCAAUCGGAAAAAUCUCUGUCAAUGUACAGGAUUUGGGAACAGAUUAUCUUACUGUAGUAGGACACAAGUUUUAUGGGCCCAGAAUAGGGGUCAUUUAUGUGAGAGACCUGGGGUCAGGCAAGGAGGCGCCACUGCACCCCAUGUUUUAUGGAGGAGGACAGGAGAGGCACUACAGACCAGGAACUGAAAACACAGCAAUGAUAGCAGGGCUAGGUCGAGCAGCAAAACUGGUGACAGAAAAUAUAGACAAAUAUACUAGACAUAUGGAAAAAGUCAGAGACUACCUUGAGGAGAAGUUAAAAAUGGAGUUUGGUGAGGAUGUUUGUUUCAAUGGAAAGUUUGAUAAAAGUCAAAGGAUCCCCAACACCUGUAAUGUGUCAUUCUUAACCGUGGACUGCAGUGGUUUCUUGGUAUUAUCAAUGUGUAAGCAGGUGCAAGCCAGUAUUGGAGCUGCCUGUCACUCCCAAAGCAGACCUUCUCCAAUUUUGCUGGCAUUAGGUAUAGAAGAGACUGUGGCAAAGAGAGCAAUUCGGUUAUCAGUGGGAAGGGAGACAACUCAGGAAGAUAUCGAUUGUGCUGUGAAUGAUCUCAAACAAGCUCUAGAUGGAAUAAAAAAUGACAAAAGUUAACAUUUCUGAAAUUUCUAAUCCUUUUGUCCAUUACAGCAUAAAUCACUCUUGUUGUCAGUUUGCCGCAUUUGUUAGAAUUUUGUCAGGAGCCCUGAUUAAACUCUUUAGUUUGUGAACUAAUUUUUAUUGAAAUGUACAAUCAGGAACAAUAGCAUUUUCAACUUGAUAAUUCUUUUCUCUGGGAUCAAAUCUUCUUGCAUAAUUACCAGUGUAUGGUGCUAGACGGCAAAUCUUGUUAUCGGCGGAAUUUUCUAAUCCCAAACGUACUAAUGAAACAUUCUAUUAACCCGAAUGAACUGAAUCAGAUCUGUGUUAGAGCUCUACACUUAAUUCCGUUACACACAUCAAAACAUUAAAGUUUCUAUGAGUAAUUGGUGACUUUUAUGACAGAAAGCUUUGUAUUACUGUUGUGCUUUUAACAGUCUUAUGUUGUUGUUUUUGUAUACACAUGUAUUAUGUUCUUACAACCCGGUGCUCUCAGUCUUUCAUGCAUCUUUAAUGUUUGAAUUAUGGGCAAUCUCAAUAUGAUAUACUGCAUGAACAUGUAUUUAAUUUGUUAAUGUGUAAUUGUAAUUUAACUCGAUGCAUAAUAUACUAUAAAUGUCACAUGUGUAAUUAAAUUCAUAUGUUUUGUGAAUUGAAAUGUUUAUAAGCAUGUGAAUAUGUGAACUACACAUUAUUAUAAUGUAUAAUUAAUUUGGCGCUUUCUUAGAACAUUUAUUGCGCCAAAUAUUUUACGUUGUCUUUUACUAUGACAUACAUGAAGUCAUGACGUCUAGUUAUGUAUUGUUGUUUUUUAAAUUUCACUGAAGAGCCGUAGAGCGGUAGCGCUUUGGGAUAUACGUGAAGUCGUGAUCUGAAUUUUUUAUAUAUUUUGCCUACAACAAGGACUUAUUUUAUUCUAAUAUGUAAUGUUUGAUAUACACUGUACAUGGGUAAAGUGUACAUGUUUAAUAAUGUGCAUGUGCAUAUGUUCUCUUUUUGUUAUGCAUGUGUAUCAUGUUCUAUGUUAUUUUGAAUUAUACCUCAGUAAUUGAUAUCCAUGUCAGCUUAUAUUAGCUAUGUUUGUAAAACCUCCACUUGAAAUAAAAUUUUCUUGUAUUUACUUUCA